AUGACUCACGACCUUGAGAAAUCGACCCCUAUGCAAGUCGAAGAUGUCGCCAUUGUCACCGAAAAGUCUGAGAAGACCGUUAAUGCUGGGCGAGUCGGUGACUAUUCCGGAGCGGUUGCGAAGACCGACGAGGUGGAGAUUGCGUUGGUACGAAAGAUGGAUUACAGGAUCAUGCCAACGCUUUUCGCAAUGUACUUCUUAAACAAACUCGACCAGAAUGCCAUUGCGAAUGCUCGGUUGAACAACCUCGAGGAUGACCUCAACCUGAAAGGUUCGCAAUACAACACUUGUAUCAGUAUCCUCUAUGUCGGGUACUUGUUCAUGCAGAUUCCUUCCAACAUGAUCAUGGCGUCGAACAAAAUCCGGCCAUCAAUGUACAUGAGCAUCACCAUGAUGGCCUGGGCUACGGUUGCCACGCUCACGGCCCUGGUCAGGAACUUCGCAGGUCUUGCCACUGUUCGAUUCUUUUUAGGUGUCGUAGAGGCACCGUUCUAUCCAGGAGCUCUCUACCUCUUGUCGCUCUUCUACACCCGCAAGGAGAUUGCCACUCGCAUUUCCAUACUCUACUCGGGAAACAUAUUCGCCGUGUCAUUUUCCGGACUCAUCGCAGCGGCGACCUUCGAGACCUUGGAUGGUGUCCAUGGUGUCCAGGGCUGGCGGUGGCUUUUCAUCAUCGAGGGCCUUGUCACCUUCGGCGUUGCAAUCGUCGCCUGGUUUCUGCUCCCGGACUACCCCCUCACAACGAGAUGGUUGAAUCCCAUGGAACGUCAAUUGGCGCAUGAUCGGAUCCAGAGAGACACUGUCGGCCUGAAGGAGAGCAGAGGACUUCGUUGGGGUUUCGCCCAGGCCAUCCGUGAUCCCCGGCUCUACCUCUUCUGUCUCAUGCAGAACAUGCAUCUCAGUGCCACCUCCUUCAAUCAAUUCUUUCCCACCGUAGUCUCCAGUCUUGGGUUCAACACGGUCAUCACGCUCGUCCUCACAGCCCCCCCAAGUCUUGUUGCUGGAGCGGUCGGAAUCGGCAUCGGCAUCUCGUCUGGGAAGUACAACGAGAGGACCUGGCACAUCACCAUCUGCAUGGGGAUUGCGCUCAUAGGGUUCGUCACCUCUGCUUUAACACUUAACGUUCCUGCGAGAUAUGUGUCUUGUUUCCUUUUCGCUUCCGGUGUCUACGCAGUCAACUCGGUCAUCCUGGGAUGGAUCUCUGCCACCUUGGGCCAAACCACGGAGAAGAAAGCCGUAUCAUUGUCGAUUGUCAAUGUCGUCUCCAUGGCCUCCUUCAUCUACACUCCUUAUCUUUAUCCCAAGACCGACGGGCCGAAGUACGUUAUCGCGAUGUCGAGCAAUGCUUCGUUUGCGUUCAUGACGAUCAGCUGUGCCUGGAUCUUGAAGUUGUGGCUUCAGCGGACCAACAAGAGGAUGCACAAGGAGCAACCUGCUGGAAGCGUGUAUUAUGCCUACUGA